GAACGUCUUUAUCUGAUCGAAACUGCAACAGCAGCUCAGCUGUAUUUCCCAUACUCAAGCCCAAAAAGAGAAAUAUGGUCCGCUAGAUCAGAGGACCCCACCCUUGAUUAACGGUCAAGAUUCAAUUUUUAUAUUACUAAUAUUUUGUCUCAAUAAUUGAAGAGCAGAACAAAAGACAGAGAAAGCUGAGGAAUUUUUCAUUGGGUUUCUUCUCCGGCCGAGUGGGAAUCCCAAAAUGGCAUCAUGGAAUUCGAUUCCGCUCGAAAUCACGUACCAAGCCAUGGGUUGGAUUGCGUUCUUCGCUUGGUCCAUCAGUUUCUACCCCCAAGUCAUCAUGAAUUUUCAUCGGAAGAGCGUUGUGGGGUUGAACUUUGAUUUUGUUGUCCUAAACUUAACAAAGCACUCCUCCUAUCUCAUUUACAACGCCACCCUUUACUUUAGCUCAGCCGUUCAAAAUCAGUAUCUUCAGAAGUAUGGCUCCAAGGAGAUGAUACCCGUCGCUGCAAAUGAUGUUGCUUUUUCAUCACAUGCUGUUCUCUUGACGGCAAUUACCUUAGUACAAAUUGUAAUCUAUGAACGUGGAGGUCAGACUGUCUCUAAGAUUACUCUAUCAAUUGUCUCUAUUGUUUGGUUAGCUGCUGGAGUUUGCUUUUUCAUUGCUUUGCCAAACCAUUCCUGGCUUUGGUUGAUUAACAUAUUUAACUCAAUCCAAGUCUUUAUGACAGUCAUCAAAUAUAUUCCUCAGGCAUUCAUGAACUUUAACAGGAAGAGCACAGAUGGAUUUAGUAUUGGGAAUAUUUUACUAGAUUUUUCAGGAGGCGUCGCAAACUAUGGGCAGAUGGCUGUACAAUCUAUAGACCAAAAUUCUUGGGUGAACUUUUAUGGAAAUAUAGGGAAGACACUGCUAUCUUUGAUAUCUAUAUUCUUUGAUCUUCUCUUCAUGUGUCAACAUUACCUGCUCUAUCCUGAUCAGAGACCACUGAUCGCUUCCAAAAUCAGCAAGGCGCAAGAACCACUUGUUAAGGAAAAAGAGUCGGAAGAAAAUGUAUGAAGCUCAAAGGGCUUGAAACACUGUGUUUCCCUUGUAAAAAUCACUCCAACUCUUUUAUAUUUGCUCUCAUUUCUAGCAUAUAUUUAUAUAUACGCCAAAAGCAUCCAUAUUGAAGCUUUGGAAGUUUGAAAGUUGUAGAAAGUGUCAACAAUCUGCAGUUAUUUAGAUGGUGUAUUAAUUUAAAGCAGUUCUUAUUCAAGUGUUUUCGACAGACAUUUCCUUAGAUAGACAUUAUGGAAUCAAUAGUUCAUGCUGUAAUUCUCUUCAUAGAGUUAUGUAUUAAAACCAAAAUGAGAGUUAUGAUGCUCUUUGUUUUGUGUA